AUGUGUCUAAGCAAUCUGUUAUCAAUCCUCUGUUUUGUCCUACCCGUUAUAUUUGGUUACGUGUCUGCAUCAGAAAAAUGCGGGGACUCAAUGUUUUUCACUCCCAACAGUGCUUACGAUACAAACCGUCGUCUCGUUCUCUCAACUCUUGCUUCCAACGUGUGUUCCGAUUGUAUCCAACUUGCGUCUCAAGGUUUACUACAAAACUGUCCGAAUCAGACCGACUCAUUCGACUGGAGAGGCGACAAGACGCUCUGUUUCGUUCGUUACUCCAACAGCUCGUUUUUCAGCAAGAUGGCUCUAGAGCCGACAGUAACAAUUUUCAGUACUAUAAAGUUUCAGGGAAAUCUUCAAACUUAUAACAGAACAUGGGACGCGCUCAUGAACUUUAUGAUCACCCGAGUCGGUCAAUCUCAAUACCUUGCCGACAUAUCCCCUCGAAUAGGUUUUGAUCGUAUAUACACUCUGAUGCAGUGUAUUCCGGGGAUAUCCUCUAACGACUGUGAAACCUGUAUUCUAGUAAGUGUCCGUAAUUACCAGAGAUGUUGCAAUGGCUUCGUAGGUGGAGUCGUUCGCAAGCCUGUCUGCUUUUUCCGGUGGGAUGGUUAUGAAUAUCUUGGUGCCUUUGGUAACACGCAAUCAUUACCUCCUCAAGAAUCUCAACCCACGCCGCUUCCGCUUCCUCCUCCUCCAGAUAGUAGAAAAAAUUCUACAGGAGUUAUUGUGGCGAUUGGUGUUCCUGCGGUUAUAAUCAUCGUGCUGCUCGCUGUAGGAUUAGUUAUUUGGAAGAGAAGACGAUCGUACAAAACAUUGAAACCUCAAAGUGAGUUACCUUUUUAGGGUUUUACCAUUCUCACUAUUUGGAAUACAUAAUAGUAAGCAUUGACGAUAUGUUAUUGCAGCUGAUGAUGACAUGAUAAGU